CGUCCCUCUGACUCACCGCCUACCUACGAGGGACGUCGCUAAAGAGCGUCGUUGGCUGCUUUGCCAUGUCAUCAGAAUUAAGCACUCCGAUGCUCGUUAUCGUUAUGGGAGUGUCGGGAUGUGGCAAAUCGACGCUCGCAGAGGCACUCGCAAAGGCGCUGGGCUUCUCCUACAUCGAUGCAGAUGCCAUACAUCCCAAGUCGAACGUGGACAAGAUGUCCGCCGGGAUCCCUCUCACCGACGCCGACAGGGAUCCAUGGCUCAAACUCGUGCGGGCUGCCGCUGAGCAUGCCGUUGCCGAACAACAGAGCGACCCAGAUCACAGCCGGCGCAGGGGGGCGGUUGUCGCGUGCUCAGCUCUGAAACGCUAUUAUCGCGACAUCCUUCGCGGUACAAGGCACCCAGAAACGCUGAAGGCGCCCGUGGAUCCGCCAAACCCAGAAGCCUUACCGACUUACUUUGUCUAUAUCAAGGGCGACAGGACACUCUUGGAGCAGAGGAUGUCGCUUAGACGCAAUCAUUUCAUGAAGGCCUCGAUGCUGGACAGUCAACUGGCGACGCUGGAAUCUCCGGAGGGGGAGGAUGGAGUAGCCGUGGUCCCUCUUGACGCCUCCACCGACGAACAAGUAGCGCUUGCGAUGCAACAGCUAAUGGAGUUCUCAGGGUCAUAGCAUUUGUACUCCCGUAGAUUUACUUGAAUAGCCAUAUCGUCCGUACGUUCAAAGCGAGUUCGCACUGGGUGCAAUCCUAGAUUUUCCUCCCCUCAGAAUUCAAGAAACAACAUGUAAUUAUUUAGAAUUUUC